CCUUUUCUCCUUUCUCUUUUCUCUCUUCGAUUUCGCUUUCGCUGUUUGCUUCUCGUUUCUCUAAAAACGAGGAUUGACCCUAAAAGUGACAGGUUUGAGUGAAAUGACACCAAACCGCUUGCAUGUAUUUCUGACGCGGGAGGGCCUUCAGUGGUGCAUUGGGUGCUUGUUUGUGCAAAGCGCUGAGGGUCUUGACUCAAUCAGCAUAGGGUGCGCAGAGUGCGCAGAGUGCGCAGGGUGCGCAGGGGCCGCAUCACGCCAAGGGGAGCUGGAGAAGCAGAGAGAGGCUCGGAAUGUGGGACUUGCUUUGGCUGUGGGAGCCACGCAACGGCUGUGGACUCCUAUAGCCACUUUGGUCAAUUUGGUCUGUGGGAGGUUGCAGGCCAUGGAGAAAACGCGUUCUUUGCUGGAGGGACUUGGACUCGACUCAAGCUCGCCGUGGAGGGCACCGAGGCGACACCUGCGACGAACCGGGCAUUUGGCAUUUGCCGAAGUCAUCGCUUCAGGAUUUUGGCGCGCUUGGAGACCUUGGGAUUUUCGAUGAUUUUUGAUGUUUUUCGUGUAUAGUCUGUAUAGUCGCAUAGCGACAUCCGAGGCUGAUGCAAUGAUUUCUCGACUCGCAUUGGGAUCGUCGGUCUUGCGUCAAAAAUUCAAUGGAGAGAUUCCGAGCUGAGCCAGGUUGGAAAGUCACAU